AUGGUUCGGCCGAGUAAUGUGAUUGUUGCGAUUCUCAAUGUGCUUAUCUUAGGCUUGGCCAUUCUGGCUAUUGGCUUUUCAUUUUGGUUUCAAUUCCACAGUGGCUCAUCAUUAUGCCAAAAGGUUCUCUACAAGCCUUUGUUGUACCUGGGGCUGGCCCUUUUGGUGAUUUCAGUGUUUGGUUUGUUGGGUUCAUGUUGCGGGAUCAAAUUCUUCUUGUGGAUAUAUCUUGCUGUGAUGUUUUUCCUGAUUUUGGGGUUGGUUUGUUUCAUGUUUUUCACCUUGGUUGUGACGAAUAAGCGUGUCGGACAAGCGAUAUCAAACAAAGGGGUGAAUGAACACAGGCUUGGGGAUUACUCAAAGUGGUUGCAGAGAUAUGUGGUUAAUGCAGAUAACUGGGAUGAGAUUAAGAGUUGUUUGGCUGAUGUCCAUCUCUGUCAACAAAUUGAUAGUGGUAAAAGCCCUGACUUUUACAAAAAGGGCCUGCCUCUUCUUCAGUCGGGCUGCUGCAAGCCUCCCACCUACUGCGGAUUCCAGUUCCAGAAUGCAACAGUUUGGAUCAUGCCGAAAAAAGGGCCGGCCGUCCCGGACACCGAUUGCAAGACUUGGAGCAAUGACCAAACCAAGCUUUGCUUUGAUUGCGACUCAUGCAAGAUUUCAUUCCUGGAGAACAUCAAGAAUGAAUGGAAGACUUUGGCUAUCAUCAAUUCUUGCACCUUGGCAGUUGUCAUCUUCAUAUACACAGUCGGUUGCUGUGCUCUUAGGAGCAACCGAUCUCGUGGAUACACCAAACACAGAAGCUACCCUUGA